AUGCUGACAUUUCAUUUUACCAUCAACUUUUUGUUUUCGCUGGUCCAACUCACUGUGGGGGCUUUCGCAAAUGGCAUCAUCGUGGUGGUGAAUGGCUCUGACUUGCUCAAACAGAGAAAAAUGGCUACAGUGGAUCUCCUUCUCUUCUGCCUGGCAGUGUCUAGGAUUUGCCUGCAGUUGGUCAUCUUCUACCUUCAUCUGCUUGUUUCUUCCUUCAUGGAAUUUCCUAUAUAUCCUGCGAACUUUGUAGCUAUCGCGUUUGUAAACGAAUCAGGACUGUGGCUGGCCACGUGGCUAGGCGUUUUCUACUGCGCCAAGAUUGCCACGUUCCCUCACCCGCUCUUCUUCUGGCUGAAGAUGAGGAUAUCCAAGCUGGUGCCAUGGCUGAUCCUUGGGUCCCUGCUCUUUGUAGCUCUCGCUUCUGUUUUCCACAGAAAAUACACAUGGCCUCUUUCCCAGAAAUACAUCAUGGCCUUUUUCUCCAAAAAUACAACUCAAUGCAAAGAAAUACCUUACUUCUUUUACUACUUUUUCUUCCUUGAGUUCUCCUUGCCAUUUCUCAUCUUCCUCACUGCGGUGCUGCUCUUGGUGUAUUCCCUGGGGAGACACACCCAGCAGAUGCGAACCACCGCCAGGGGCCCCGGGAGCCUCCGCAGGAGUGUCCCCGCCAGCGCUCUGUGCUCCAUCCUGGCCUUUCUCAUCCUCUACUUCUCCCACUACAUGGUGGCCGCUUUGCUCGCUUUUAAAGUUUUCGACUUCAGAAGCCUCGUCUUUCAGUUAAGCAUCUUGUUUAUUGGCACUUAUCCCUCUGGACACUCUAUCAUCUUAAUUUUAGGAAACCCAAGACUGAAACAAAAUGCAAAGAAGUUCUUCCUCACUGGUAAGUGCUUUCAGUAA